UGAUCAUAUAAGCUAAAGUAGUAUCUUCUAUACCAAUGUCGACAGAAAGCACAGAGCAGAUUCUUCACAUGAAUGGUGGUACCGGAGACCAUAGCUAUGCUCAUAAUGCAACAGCUCCGCUAAAAGUGACGAUGAGAGCCAAACCAAUCAUGGAAGAAAGCAUAAAGAAGAUGUUCCAAAGAAUCGCCACUUCUCCAAGCUGUUUAAGAAUUGCAGAUUUGGGGUGUUCGUCGGGAGCUAAUGCAUUAAAGGCUGCAUCCAACAUCAUGGACAUGAUUUCUAUGGUAGCAGAAGAAGAAGCCAUGAUUAUGAGCAGUGAUGAAAAGCUUCCUGCAACUUUUCAAGUUUUCCUAAACGAUCUGUUUGGGAACGAUUUUAAUGCACUGUUCAAAGUGGUACCUGAAUUACACAAAGAGAUCAGGACAAAGUCUGAUGGGCUGUGUUUCUUUAAUGCAACGCCUGGGAGCUUCUUUGGCAGACUCUUCCCCUCCCAUUCCAUACAUUUCUUCCAUUCUUCUUUUGCCGUCCACUGGCUCACUCAGGCUCCCAAAGAGAUGAGGGGAGAAAUAGAACUACCAGUUGAUAAAGAGGGAAGCAAUGUUUAUUUGACAAGCAUAAAUCCACCAUCUUACAAGGCUCAAUUUAAGGAAGACUUGAAGUUGUUCUUGAGAUCACGUCAUGAGGAAAUAGUCCCAGGGGGGACCAUGUUUCUAACUCUAAUAGGCAGUUAUGACACUUCUGAUUUCCAGUGCCGGCCAUAGGGGCAUCCAGCCUAGACAUUUGUCUAGGGCCUCCAAUUUCUAAGGGGCCUCCAAUUUUUCAUGUUUACGGGAAAACGAAAACAUGACUCGGGGUCUACAAAGAGAUUGAAUAAAUUAAGAAAAGACAUGGUCAUAAAAUCGUUUGCCGGCCUAUGGAUCGGUACAUGAUAUCUAAACCUUAUCCCUCAAAUAUUGUUGAGAAUGAGGCUACAAAUGUUGAGGUUGAAGUAAAUGUUAAUAUUAUAUGAUGCAUUUCAUAUAUAAUUUACUUUUAUUUCAUUUGAAAUUCUAUUUUUUAUAUUGUUAUAUUGAAUUAAAUGUAUCAAAACAAAUUGUCUAAAUGACCGUCUAGGGCCUCACAAUCGCUCUAGACGGCAUAAGUACUCCAGGCAUCUUACGUCAAGUAAUCAUAGAUAUGGCUUUGGAGGUACGUAAUUAUAUAUGUUCAUUUAUGUAUAUAUUUCUACUUACGUACGUAUUUACCUGAAAAGAUCAAAUUUCUGAACUUUUUCUUGGGGAAUCAGAAAUGCACAAUACUUGAUUCCAGUAAAAGAAUACUCCAAGAAAUGAAAUUAUGAAGUCCCUCUUAGCUGUCACGCGUUUUCAUCAAGACAGUGGCUGAUUCAUAACUUUUCUAAAGUGGUAGAGAUGGACAUAGGCAGGGAGAGAUCCAUUAUGAUGAAGGGGGUGAUUUUUCCCAGAAACAUAUAAUACCUACUUACUCUCUUGCAUAUAGAAUAUAUAAUAAAGUAAAAAUUGUUUAAUUUGAUUGAGAUUUAUGCAGAGGAGAGGAGAGAAAAAUAAUUUUAGCAACAUGCUUGUUAUAACUUUAAACGAAGAUGACAAAAUUUUUGGGACGGUCAAAAAAUGAAAUUUGACCAAGUUUUAAUGGACGAAUGGAGUACGAUACUACCUGCCGAGUGAUAAUUAAUCUAACUUUAAUAAUUAAAAUUUACAUAUUUAGAAAUUACAUGAAAAUCUCUAUAAAGUUGCAAAGUCCAUAUUAACAUUUAAUUAAGAAUUGAUAUUCUAAUUAAGUUAAUAAAAUUAGUAUGUUUGAUCCAAAAAAUCAAUCUUGCAACUCAAUUUGGGACGGAGAAAGUAUUUGAAAUUAUUUAAAAAUAUUGAUAAAAAAUUCAAAAUCAUAUAAUAUGAUAUUUAAAAGUAAAAAUAUAUAACACUACAUAAAGAAUAGUUACUUUUCAUAAUAUAAGAGUAUUAAAAAACGAUCGAUUCCUUAUAUAAAUAUGAAAUUCUAUUGCACUUAUCUGUUAUGUCCAUACAACAUUGAUGUGAGUUUUCUCACACUCAAAUAAAUAAAAUACUAUAGAGUGUAAAUACGAUUGUAACGAGUAUCGUCUCCAUAGUAAAAGAAAAACGGAUAUACAUGUUACAUUAUUCCAGCGAUUUUUGAAUUUUAUAAAAUAGAAGUGACUAUGCGGAAAUAUAAAUUACAUUAUUUGGUUCUAAUGAUUGGAUGACAAAAAAGAAACAUGGAUGGGUUCCUCGACAACAUGAUCGAUUUUGAGAACUUAUUAGGACUAAUCGCACAAAACUUAUUUAAUUGAGUGAUGUCAUCGAUACUAAUUAAAUUCUUACCGCGUUUUCGCAACGUAGAGUAUUACAACGAUUUCGAGAACAAGCUAAGCUAAUCUCUAAUGCGACAUGCUUCUAAAUCGAUUCCCUAAAUAAGAUCAUAUCAAUGUCUCUACAAACUAUUCACAAUUCCUAAUUGAAUGAACAAACGAAUUAAGAAGAACAAACUUUCUUGUCAUUAAUCGAAAGAAAGAGAUUAUAAAAAAUUUAAGGAAUUCACUUGAUUCAGAGCCAAAAACAACAAAGUAUUCAUCCUAGACUUAUUUGUAAAGUUCGCCAUUCAAAAACCCGGGUCUAGGUCAUCUUUAAAUAUGACUUUUUCGGAAUUGGUCCAACCAUAAACUCAAUAUAAACCCAAUCUUUUUUCUCGCGUACACGUGUUUCCCUGCAUGACGUGCGUGCAAUCGUGUGCGUCUCACAAAACUUGUUUCUAAAUUUUUCUAAAUUGUAAAUUUUAUAUACCCAUCUUACAAAAGUUGUAGAUCUUGAAGUCCUCUAUCCAAUACAACUUGAUUCACUACAUUUGAACGAUCCGAUCAAAAGAUAUGACUGAAAUAGUGGAAGACAUUGAUCUUAAAAUCUCAAUAGAGAUUAUGUGCCGGUAAUAUUAAUCAUCUCUAGUAAUUAUGACCUAAAUUCAACCGAUAAUAUUAAUCAUCUGUAUUAGCAAUGUGUACCGAGUUCAAAAAAAUAUAUGAUAAGUUUGUGUUUGGGUGCAGGGUAUGAUUGAAAUGGGAAAACUGGAGAGCUUGAGAAUUCCAAUAUAUCACCCAACCGAAAAGGAAAUGAGAGAAAUAAUUCAGGAAGAUGGGUCAUUUACAAUUGAAAGAUUAGAGAGUUUGAGAAUGUGUUGGGAUGGAUCGAACCUCAAUGAAGAUGGAACUGAUAAUGAUUUGUACCGUUUUGUGGACGUUGGAAAGAGAGGCGUGUUCUUGACCAAAUAUCUUAGAUCCGUCUUUGAGCCCAUUUUGAGAGCACAACUUGGAGAAGGGCUCAUGGAUGAACUAUUUCUUAGGUUUCAGAACAAAGUUACCCAAUUCAUGGACCGAUUGGAAUAUCCUAUUUUGGUUUUGUCUCUCUUUGUUAAUUGAUUGGGAAUAUUAAUUUAUCAAGUUAUGUAUGAAAAAUAUUAUCAUACAUGUAUGGGUAAAUUCAACAUUUCAAUAAAACAGUAUAAUAUUUAAAACGAUUAUGUAUAAUAUUUAGACUCCUGAGUAAUCUCCUUGAUGGACUAGCUCUUAGUUUCAGGGGUUACAAAGGUAUAGCUACGUACAAGUUUAUCUCUUUGUUUUAUUAUGAGUGAAGUUAUGAAUAAAGUCGUGUUGUACGUUGUUUUGCCA